GCCCAGGGCUCCUCUCGCGCCGGGCUGCAAAGUUUCUCUCCAUGGUUUCUCUCUGGGCUUCGAGGAACUUGCCUGCGGCUCGGCCACCUCGCGAUCGGCCCUGGAGCCGGAGCCGCUGUAGGGAACAGUGCCCAGGGUAGCCAGCCAUGAUCGCCACUGGAGGCCUCUUGAGGAUCUCAGCCAGGAAACAGGAUCCCCUGCGGCCUCAGAGCCAAGUCCCAAAACGCAAGCGCAAGGCCAAAAAGAAACGCAAGAACGACGUGGUGGUGGUGAAAGGCAAGCUCAAGUUCUGCUCGCUCUCUGGCCUCAUUGCUCUCUGUGGCAUCCUGGUGCUGCUGGUGGGGAUUGCCUUGGCCGUGGUAGGCUACUGGCCCAAGCCUCUUUACCGGGCAAGGGGCCUUGGGGACAGACCGGGUUUGGCUCCGCCCGGGGGCGCCACCAAAAGCCCCUCCAGGAACCAAACCGAAGACUCCGGGGAAUCUCCUCUGGACGGCUCAGCAACCAACUCCUCAUCUCCAAGCAACAAGAAGGGCGUUGCCCCCUCCUCCACCAGCUUUCUCUUCCAGCUUUUCUCGCGGUAUUUGCAUUCAGACAAGCUCAAGGUGCUGGGGCCCCUCAUCAUGGGCAUUGGCAUCUUUCUCUUCAUUUGCGCCAAUGCUGUGCUCCACGAGAAUCGGGACAAGAAGACCAAGAUUAUCAAUCUGAGGGACCUGUACUCCACUGUCAUAGAUGCACACAGCCUCCGGACCAAGGACGGGCCCCCCUCAGCCUCCAUCGCCCCAGUCCCCAUCAAUGGCUUUGUUAACUACGUUCAGUCCCGAGGACUCGAGCUGAAACCCGGCAGUGGCUCUGGGGAAGCCGUAGGGGCUGCUGCUGUGCUAGCCAAGAGCGCCUGGCACCCAGCUGUCAGCGCUCCCCUCUCACCACCCGACUUGGCUUCCUCGCCACGCUGUUCCUCCUCCUUCUCUCCUCGGCCGCCGCAGCCGCCCAGCUUGGCUGAGGCUGUGUACAGCAUCUAUCGGGAGAGGGCUGCCUUGGCUAGAACUGCUCACAGCCCGCCUUGCAGUCCCCCCGACGGCUGGGACCAGCACAGCACAGCCAGCUCCAUCGUGGGUUCAUCACUCAGCACCUUCACUCUGCUGCCAAUGGCUCAGGGGGAGGUGGCUGAGAGAGACCGGGGUGGCUGGCGGAGGGCGCUGGGUGAACGAGGUGCCAGGGAAAUCCCUCGGGGGGAGUUUGAACUCAGCCUGAAAGAUCUCAGGAGCAGCUAUGUAGACCCGGGGCCGGGGCAUGCCAUGCUGCCCAGGACGGGCAAGCGCAAGCGGGUGCUGAGGCGCCAGAGCACAAGCUGCCUGCCUGAUGCCAGGAGACCCCUCUCCCCAGAACCCUCUCAGACUUUGGGGAGUAGCACAGACCUAGACUCCAGCCUUUUAGUGAAAGCUUCAUCUUCCAGCUACUCCAAAUCCCUAGAUCUGGGGGACUCUCCCCCUCCGACGCCACCUGUGGAUAGGAGAGAUUCCCAGAGCUCUCAGUGUGACCAGUACAGAAGCAAUAAGGGCUACACCCCACUGGAGGAGACAGGCACCUCCCUGGAAUCGGUUGCCAACACCCCAGCCCAUAAAACCCAGGACUGUGAAGUGCGCCCCAGCAGGGAGACUGGCUCCUCGGAGGAUACCAGCAAAGAACAGACCGACAAGCCGCCUUUGAAAAUGCAAAGACAGUAUACAAAUAAAGAGAAACUUUUCAUGAUCUCCAGAUCGGAUACCACCGUCGGGCUGGAGGAAGGGGACCUGGAAAACACUGGCAUUUAAACAGAGUAAGAUAAAAUGGAGACAAGCAUCAGAACAACUUGCAAUCCUUCUGCCCCCUUGUGGAUCUAGGAAACUGGUCAAUAUCCAAAGAGCUGAAGUAUGCCAUCCUUGCAUUGCAUCAAUAAAUUCCUGUAGAGGUCUUCAGGAAAAAACAAAAACAUGUAACAGGAGUUUGUUCUGUUCAAUUGCGAGUCUAUAUUCCAUGCAAGCCAAAUUGUAUUGCACAUUGACAGUCCAGUAAAUGUUCUGGAUCAAAGGAAAUAGAGUAUUUUGACAAUAAUUGUGCACUUUACCCAUUUUUAAUUCCAGUUGCCCUUUUUGUUUUCUUUCUUGGCUUUUGCCAUGGCACUAACUGUACACUCUUUCCCCAGCUUCAGACCGAGAUGGUUUUCAAGUCAGCAAAACUGAUCUCUCUUUUAAUGUUCACGUAGUAACAGAGUACCGUUUUGCAGGGAUUAACAGAUGAAGUACUAUGGCAAAGAGAACGAAACCCACAGCUUUAAUUUCUAUAAAAGCGUCAGCAGAGAAAGACUGAAGAUGGGUAGCACUGUGGCCAACUAAUUUUACAUUCCUAAAUUCAAAUAAUGAGUAUUUUAUUAAGUAUUAUUGCACAUGUAUGAACUAAUAGCAUUAAUAACCAUUUUUAAUUUAAAUAAAAUAUGUUUACAAUGACAAAGUAUAUUUAGAUAACAUUUCAUUGCUGGCACCUGCUUAAUUCUUACAAAUGAAAUAGGGCUCAUUUUCAAUGUAGGAGUUAGAAAGUGUUUGAUUUUAAAGGAGAAGGAGAUUAGUUGUAUGUAUUGGAUUCAGGAGAGCAACAGUAAAACUUUUCUUAAAGGAAGGAGAAAAGUGUGGUUGACCUAAAUAAGCUAAGCCUAUACAUAUCUAUUCAGAAGUAAGACACAUUGACUGUGUUUACAUGUUCACUGCAGCC